UUCUUUUUUUUACAUCCAUAAAGACACUAUUGAGUUUAUAAUUUUUUUGUCAUCCUCAUGGUUAACAAAGAAAAUGAGUUUGUCCUUUUCUCUGUAUUUAUUUGAUCAACCGGGAUGGUUUAAAUACAAAUACAAAGUUGACUUGUCCGAAUAGAAAUUGUCGGUGAAAUUGUUAUACAACAAGAGUUCUUCUCUCCUUCUAUUUUAUUCUGUGGAUUAGAGAUAUUACUCCAUCCUUUCCAAACUAAAAUUCGAAUUUCUCUGUUUCGAUUUGGAUAUUGAUUCAAUGGGAAAACCAACGGGGAAGAAGAAGAAUCCCGAUACUCCUCCGACGGAUUCUUCCGGUCGCGGUGGUGGCGGAGGAGGAAACAAAUCAGGAAAAAGCUUGGUUCGUUCGGCCUCCAAGGCGGACGAAGACAUGGCGAUCUUCAUCAAUCGAGCAUUAGAGCUGAAAGAAGAAGGAAACAAGCUAUUCCAGAGACGUGACACGGAAGGCGCCAUGUUAAGGUACGAUAAAGCCGUCAAACUUUUACCUAGAGAUCACGGAGACGACGUUGCUUACCUUCGAACGUGCAUGGCCUCUUGUUACAUGCAAAUGGGAUUAGGAGAGUAUCCCAACGCCAUUAACGAAUGCAAUCUCGCUCUGGAGGCUUCUCCUAAGCACACCAAGGCUUUGUUGAAACGCGCUCGGUGUUACGAGGCGCUGAAUAAGAUGGAUUUCGCGUUUAGGGAUUCGCGUCUUGUUCUGAGUAUGGAGCCUGAGAAUGUUUCUGCUAAUGAGAUCUUUGAGAGGGUCAAGAAGGUUUUGGUGGCCAAAGGGAUCGAUUUGGUGGAGUUGGAGAAGAGUUUCCUCCACGUGGAGCCUGUUGGCGCUGCUAGGCUAAGGAAGAUUGUCAAGGAGAGGUUGAGGAAGAAGAAGAGGAAGACGGAGAGGAAAAGUAUCGAGGAUGCCGCCAAAAUUGAAGAUGAUAAGAGGUUAGAGGAUAAGGUUGUGGUUGAGGAGAAGAAGGUAAAUGCUGAAAAAGAUGUUGAAGGGAAAAGCAACCAAGGUAUUGUUGAGAGUUCAAAAGUUGAAGAUGGAGAUAGCAGGAGGAAGAAACUAGAGGAGGAGAAGAAAGCUACUAGUCCUGUCAUGGAUAAAGAGGUCAUUGCUUCAGAGAUUGACCCAAAGGUGACUAGGACGGUGAAGCUGGUUCAUGGAGAUGAUAUACGCUGGGCGCAAUUGCCGUUGGAUUCUAGCGUUAGACUUGUGAGAGACGUUAUCAAAGAUCGGUACCCUUCUCUCAAGGGUUUCUUGAUCAAGUAUAGAGACCAAGAGGGUGAUUUGGUUACCAUUACCACCACGGAUGAGCUCAGACUGGCUGCUUCCACGAGGGAGAAACUCGGCUCUUUUAGAUUAUAUGUAACUGAAGUUAGCCCCAAUCAAGAACCCACUUAUGAAGGUAGUAUGAACAAUGAGGAAUCAACCGGUAAGUUUGCUAAGGGAUCGAGUAGUGUUGCUGAUAAUGCAAGUGUUGGAGAGUGUGUGGAAUCUGAGAAAGCAUCUGCUGGCCUUGAUCAUUGGAUUUUCCAGUUUGCGCAGUUGUUCAAGAACCAUGUCGGGUUUGAUUCUGAUUCUUACUUGGACCUUCAUAACCUUGGGAUGAAGCUUUAUACAGAAGGGAUGGAAGAUACCGUCACUGGGGAAGAUGCGCAAGAACUCUUUGAUAUUGCUGCUGAUAAGUUCCAAGAAAUGGCUGCACUUGCCUUCUUUAACUGGGGGAACAUUCAUAUGUCUAAGGCAAGAAGACAGAUCUAUUUUCCCGAGGACGGCUCGAGAGAAACUAUACUAGAGAAGGUCGAGGCAGGAUUUGAAUGGGCAACGAAGGAGUACAACAAAGCUGCAGAAAAAUACGAGGAAGCGGUUAAAGUUAAAUAUGAUUUCUACGAAGCUUAUCUUGCACUCGGGCAACAACAGUUUGAGCAGGCUAAGCUUUGCUGGUAUCAUGCGCUUGGCAACAAGACGAUAGAUGUAGAUAGCGACGCUUCUCAGGAUGUAUUAAAGCUCUAUAACAAAGCUGAGGAGAGUAUGGAAAAGGGUAUGCAAAUUUGGGAAGAGAUGGAAGAACGCCGUCUAAAUGGAAUUUCCAACUUUGAUCAACAUAAAGAAAUGCUUCAGAAGCUGGGUUUGGAUGGGGUGUUUAGUGAAACGUCCGAUGAAGAAAACACAGAGAAAACAGCUAAUAUGAGCUCUCAGAUUAACCUGUUGUGGGGUUCUUUACUAUAUGAACGGUCUAUUGUUGAAUAUAAGCUUGGCCUACCUACUUGGGAUGAAUGCAUGGAGGUUGCAGUGGAGAAAUUCGAACUAGCUGGAGCUUCAGCAACCGAUAUAGCUGUCAUGGUAAAGAACCAUUGCUCAAAUGAGAAUGCACUUGAAGGUAUGGGAUUCAAGAUCGAUGAGAUUGUACAAGCUUGGAAUGAGAUGUAUGAUGCCAAAAGAUGGCAGAUCGGUGUCCCAUCUUUCCGGCUAGAACCUUUGUUCCGGAGACGGUCACCAAAACUGCAUGAUAUUUUAGAGAAUGUAUUUUCAGGGCCUCAGUGAUGAAAACCCUCAUCAUAUAUACAGACCGCACAUAUCAUCAGUUGGCAUCAGUUUUGAUGUUUUCACUAGGUAUUGCUAUUUACUCGGAGUUGUAUGCAAUUUUUCUUUCUUUUUGUUUGGUUUGUCAGCUUUUUGGAAGCAAUUUUUUUUUUCUCUUGGCGGGUAUGGCCGUGAAGAAAAUGCGUGAUGACUUUUGUCCAGUUUGGGUUCCAAUUUUUUUUUCCUUUUCAUUUUGGUGGGUCUGUAAUUAUAUCAUUGUUUUGUAAUUUUUUUAUUGAUUGUUUGGAAUUGUUUGUGUAUAUCUGUGAUGGUUUUAUAUAUUGUUUGGAAUCCAUAUUAUUUGUCAAA